AAGCGGUCGGACACAUUUUUCUCCCCCUGAGCGUCUGCAGGAGUCCUGAGCUGCAGGGAGCAGAGAGGGUAACCUUGCCCUGUGACCUCCUGUUUCAUUAAGCGUGUUGACGUGCUGAGCUCGCUGCAUGUCUGCUCUGCGUAAAAGCAUGACCUCAGGACGGAGGGAAGGCUGGAGGCUGGAUGGGCUUUUGGCUUCAGACCUGAUCGGCUGGUUGCUUCCUGAGCUGCUGCUGCAGAGCGUGAGAUGCUCCUGUUGGAUUUCAGAGCUUCAGAAGUGCACUGAGUGGCCAGCAGAGGUCAGCGAUGCCCCGCUUGGACAGCACCGAGCUGCAGUCUCUGCUGCUCUCCUUCCUGCAGCACUGUCUCAACAGGACCAGCCCUCAGCUGGCUGAGAACUACACUACCCAUGAGGCUUUGCAGCAGGCGGCUUCGGCCAGGGGCCACACUCAGCCUCAGGAAUUGAUGUACAUCCUCCUGGUGGUGGGGCUCUUCAGCUUCUUCACGUUCGGCAUCAUGCUCAGCUACAUCCGCUCCAGGAAGCUGGAGGGCUCCCAGGAUCCGUACCACCAGUACAUCGCCCACGACUGGACCGCCGUGGCGGCCCCGUCCAGGGCCGUGGCCGAGGCCCUGCGGAGGGGGGCCGAAGAGCCGGUGGUCAUCUGUAACCCUGCAGCUGUGCAGCAGCUGCCGGAGUAGACGGACGCUGAGUCAGCGUCUCAGAAACCUGUUUCCCUUCCAAGGAGGCAGAUCUGAGGCCGGAGAGACGCAUCAUCCUCAGCUCAUCUUCUAACACAGAGCCCAACGGGUCCAAAAUACCCUGGGUCCUUUAAAUUAAAUGUAAAUUAAAUGUUCAUCCACCCACCUGUGCACCACCGGUAGUAAAACAGCCCCACAGCAUGAUGGCACCACCUCCAUGCUUGGCAGCUGUUAAAUGUUUGGUAAAGAAUGUAAAGAAGCGUGAGUUCAGAUUUUUAAAAACAGUCUUUAAUGUCUCACAGCAGCCAGACGUUACGGUGUUUGCUUUGUUUUCUCCACAUUAAACCUUCAGGUGAUUCUUCUCACCUCACAGCCA